CGCGCGUCGGACGGCGAAAGAAAACACACGGGGAUAAUAUAGGGAAAGAGCUGGCUAUCGCCUGUCUAAUGUGGGUAGGACCUGUCUGCGUGCAAGCCGUUCGCUUUAUGAGUCUUCCCGCGCCCGUCGCUCUGCAGGACCAUGUCCUUCGAUGACCGUCGGGCCAGUUACAUGAACGCCCAACGGCCCCGCGUCGUGUCCAGUCGCACUGGGGAUGCUGAAAAGGCUGCGCUCCGUGGCGGAGCAUCCCCAUCGCAGUCGGAAGGUAUGGACCGGCUACGUGGGAGUACUUCGAGCCAGAAGACCAAGUUGUCUCGAGAGCAGAACCCUGUGAGCGAGAAGCGGACCGAACGGACGACUGCCACCACCACAAGAGACAAGAUCCAGGUGCGAACAAGAAACCCGGUAAAGGAAUCGACAAAUGCUGGGAAUAGAGGCGAUUGGGAGAAACCGAAGCCGAAGCGGACUGCGGCGAACGACGCGUCGAGUCCCAAUUUUCGGAGGAGAGAGAAGGAACCUCCAGAGGCUCCAUGGAUGCCGCAAGUAUCCCUGAUGCCGCAUUCAACCGCUCCGUUGGCCUCGCGCGUCUCGGUGCCUCCGUUAGCAUCAACCGCUCCUCAAUUCCUACAACCCGAACCGUUACGCGAUCUUUCGCUGGACGAGCAAGAAGCGGCGAUACUAGAGGAUUUGCUGUAUGUUUUCAUGGGCUUCGAGGGCCAGUAUGUGCAAUAUCAUGCUUCAUUCGAUCCCACGGUCGAGAAGGACCGUCUGACGGGCCCGAUUUUCCAACUUGCCCCGGGCUUGGAUCCCACUCUUCGAGACUUGACGCUUUCCAUGCUGAAAAUGGCUACUCACUACAGCGCUAUGGAAGCCUUCGUAGAGGUCCAGAGCCGUGCUGAGUUCGGCGCCGUGAGCCACGCAUUAUGCGCUGCCAUUCGCAAACUGCUCAAAGACUACCUAAUCCUUGUCGCGCAACUUGAGAAUCAGCUGCUCAACAACCCCAAUUUUACCCUGCAUGUUCUUCACCUGCAUACCAUGCCGACUAGCCAGUGUCUGGCUCAGCUGUAUUCCCUGGGGCAAGAACUCCUGCGACGGAACGGCUUGUUAGACCAGGAUCUAGAUGAGUCAAUCGAUGAUUUCGACGACGUGGAAAACAUCCUCGAGCAGCUCAAGGAAGGCGGAGACCUGGUACCGGGGGCCAUGUCCAGCAAAAAGAUAUGCAAAGGAGGCAAUGUCCUACGGCUGUUGACGGAGCGACUAACAUCGUUUUCCGGAGACCCAACCGCGAAAGCUCUGUUACAGACGCUCCUACGGGAAGCCAGCCGCCCAUACAUGGCCAUGCUCAACGAGUGGCUGCAUCAUGGAGGAAUUAAAGACCCCCACGCCGAAUUCCUGGUGAAAGAGCAAAAAUGGAUCAAACGAGAGAAGCUGGAAGAAGACUACACGGACGAAUACUGGGACAAACGGUAUACAAUCCGAGAACAGGAAGUCCCGCCGCAAUUGGACAGUGUCAAGGAAAAGGUUCUUCUAGCCGGGAAAUACCUGAACGUCGUUCGUGAAUGUGGAGGUGUCGAUGUAAGUGGAACCGUCAAAGACGUUCCCAAGACACUCGACGAUCCUCGAUUUCUGGAAAACGUCAAUGCCGCUUACACUUAUGCGAAUGCAUCAUUAUUGAAUCUACUACUAACCAAGAAUUCCCUCACCACCCGGUUCCGCUCACUGAAACACUACUUCUUCCUCGACCGCUCAGAUUUCUUCUCUUACUUCCUCGAACUGAGUGCGUCAGAACUCCGCAAGCCAGCCAAGAACGUCAACGAAGGGAAACUACAGUCUCUUCUGGACUUGGUUCUUCGCCAGCCCGGGAGUAUUGCCGCCCAGGAUCCUUUCAAGGAGGAUGUGAAGGUCCGAAUGAAUAAGAUUGGCCUCACCAAAUGGUUGAUGCAGGUUGUGAGUGUAUCUGGUAUCGACCAGGACAAACCCGAAGCGGCCCUCGAACGAUACCAAGCCCCGGCAGCGCAAAGUACAGAAGACGAGAAGGACAUUCUUGGAUUCGACGCGCUAGAGCUGGAUUACUCUGUCCCCUUCCCACUCUCGCUGGUCAUCAGUCGCAAAACCGUGCUUCGCUACCAACUUGUUUUCCGUCAUCUACUCUCCCUUCGUCAUCUUGAGGGCUUGCUGGCGACUUCUUGGCUGGACCACAGCAAGGUGGUCAGUUGGCGACACAAGUCAUCCGACCGACGGCUAGAGAUGUGGAAGAGACGUGCAUGGAACCUCCGGGCCAAAAUGCUCGUGUUUGUGCAGCAUCUGCUUUAUUUCUGCACAGCCGAGGUCAUCGAACCGAACUGGCAGAACUUGAUGGAUCGGGUCAACGGCACAGAUGCAGACGGCUCUGAAGUCACCGUCAACGGUACCAAGCAAGCCAACCGGACGGUGGACGAGUUGAUGCAGGAUCAUGUUGAUUUCCUGGACACGUGUCUCAAGGAAUGCAUGCUGACACAAGCGAAACUCCUCAAGAUCCACUCCAAGCUCAUGACCUGCUGCACUAUGUUUGCGUCCUGGACGGCAUCCUCCCUCGCCCGAACCCUGGCAUCCGCCGACCCGGACCUUUCGUCUGGUGGGAAAGAGUCAGCGCCCGAGGUCAAAGGCUACGACCCGACCCGGAUUUCCAAGCUGGAGGACACGUUGAAGCGAUAUGAGGACCAUUUCAACCGCCACCUCCGGAUUCUAAUGGAUAGCUUGAACUAUUUUGCUGCCACCGAGAGCGUAGUCCUAUUGAAGCUUGCUCAUUCAUUGAGCUCGAUAGGGAAAGAAGACUGAGAUGGAAGACCUGAUACCAGCCUUGGCUCAAACAACUGAAAAGCAAAUCCUCCCUAGGAUGCACAGUUCGAACGGCCGAUACCGGAAAUAGUGCAGCAGGUCUUCUCCUCCCUUCCUUACAAUUAACUGCAGGCUCCUUUCGAGUCGCCCUCUACCCCCCUAAUCAAGGCCCAGUCGAUGGUCAACACCUCCACCUUGCACAUGUUUCUCUUUCUCUCUCUCUCUCUCUCUCUCAACCACGACUAAUUAAACGGGCGGGCGAAUUGCAUGGCAAGGGCUCGGAAAGGUUCAUGAGUGACGGUUUUGUUCUAUGCUAAUGCCAUACCCAUACAAUUAUGAUAAUCAAGGUCAAUUUUUUGUUAGUAAUCUUCAGCAUGAACUCGGUACCUGGUGCUUAUGGUCU